AGUAGAAGGAGGAGGAGCUAUCCGUUUGUUGACAUCGGGUAAAAACGACUAUCAGAUGAGUGAAGACUGAUGAUAAUAACUCAAUUUCUCGCCGUCAUCAAGACAUACAGCCUUGGCGAAAGCUAAGGUCCCCUGUACUGCCCUGUCUUUGAUCUGAGCCAGAGAAAAAGAGGCUAACAUGGCAGCCAAAGCAGGAGACAACCCAGACAGCCUCAUGACUCUGGCAACGAUCUUCUGCCUGAGGAACCUUAGGAAGACCAUGUGCUACCAGGGAUUCAGGAACAAGCUCUGUCUGCGCUCGGACAUCUUCCUCCCCAGCGAAAUCUGCGACAAGCUGGUCAACACAUACAUGGAGUUGGUCCACACAGACAGUAACUUUGAACCAGAGGAGAGCUUCUUCCAACUAUUCUCAGACCCUCGCAGCACCAGACUGACCAGAGUACAGCUUAGAGAGGACUUCAUAGGUGACAGAGAUCUGGAGGCCAUAAAAAAACAGGACCUGAUUGAGCUCCACCUCACUUACUGCAACAGUCUGACAUCCCGGAGCUUGAAAACACUGACCUGCUUCCGUGAGACCUUGGUGUCUCUUUGUCUCUUCGGCUGCAGCCACAUCUUCCACAGGAAGCGUGGCGCUCCUCUCGCCUGCAAUGAAGACACCGAGGACGAGGAGGAGGAGAGCCCUGCUUCUAGGCAAGCAUUAGAGACAGAUUUUAACUUUCAGGGGUUCAACCGCCUCAGGUUGCUCAACUUAGGUGGCCUGCCUGACGGGUUGGAUGCUGAGACCCUGCUCAAACCCCUGAAGUCACUCACCUCACUAGAUCUGUCUAACGUACAAUUGCUGGGAACAACUUUUCUCACGCAGUGGAAACACAGACUGGCAUCUCUUGUUCUCUACAACGUGGACCUGUCAGAGGAGUUGGUCAAUACAGUGGUGGAGAUCGUUAAUCUCAGGCAUCUUGACAUCUCGCGGGAGAGCAGACGGACCUCUAAAUCUAAGAUGACUAGGAAAAUCCUGACGGCCAUCGUACAGCGUCUGGUCAACCUGGUGUCGCUGGACAUCUCAGGCCACAUUAUGCAAGACAACUGCACAGUUCCACACUUUGAAGAAGCCAUGGGACGGCCAAGCAUUGAGCCAUGCAAGAGCAGCAUCUAUCCUUUCCAGGAGUUGAAGAGGCCCCUGCAGUUCCUGGGCUUGUAUGACACCACCCUCUGUAAUGUGACACACAUCCCUGCUUAUAAGGUGACGGGAUCUAAGAACGAAGACCAGGUCCUGAAUGCCAUUGAGGCUUACACAGAGUUCCGCCCUGAGCUGGCCCACAGAGCCAUCAAUCAGCUGUUUGACAUCGCAAGGAUACAACACUGCAGCCAAUUGCUGCGAGCUUUGCAACUUGUGAUUGCAGCAUUGAAGUGCCAUAAAUAUGAAAAGAGCGUCCAGGUGACGGGCAGUGCCGCUCUCUUCUACCUGACCAACACAGAGUACCGCAGUGACCAGAGUGUGCGGUUGCGCAGAGAGGUCAUUCAGGUGGUGCUAAAUGGAAUGGAGCAGUACCAGGAGGUCACUGUCCAGAGGAACUGCUGCUUGACUCUGUGUAACUUCAGUAUUCCAGAGGAGCUGGAGUUCCAGUACAGUCGGGUCAACCAGCUGCUGCUGAAAAUCCUGGAACCAGCCAGGCAGGAUGAGUCCAUCCAGAGAAUUGCUGUGCACCUCUGCAAUGCUUUGGUCUGUCAGGUGGACAACCAUCACAAGGAAGCAGUGGGAAAGAUGGGAUUUGUCAAGACAAUGUUGAAUUUAAUACAGAAGAAGCUGCAGGACAGAAUGUGUGACCAGGUGAUGGAGUUUUCCUGGAGCGCUCUGUGGAACAUUACUGAUGAGACGCCUGACAAUUGUCAGAUGUUCCUCAACUGUCGGGGCAUGAGUCUGUUUCUGGAGUGUCUACAGGAGUUUCCAGACAAGCAGGAGCUUCACCGCAACAUGUUGGGACUUUUGGGAAAUGUUGCUGAGGUCAAAGCACUGAGGCCACAGCUGCUCACCCCGCAGUUCAUCACUGUAUUCAGUAACCUGCUGGACAGUAAGGCAGAUGGAAUCGAGGUGUCGUACAAUGCAUGUGGCGUGCUCUCACACAUCAUGUUUGAUGGGCCGGAGGUUUGGUCGAUGGAAGAGCCGCGAAGAGACGCGGUGAUGGACAAGAUGUGGGAUGCUAUCCAGAGCUGGGACGUCAGCUCACACCGCAACAUUAACUACAGGUCAUUUGAGCCCAUCCUGCGCCUGCUGCCACAGAGCAUCUCCCCUGUCAGUCAGCACUGGGCCACAUGGGCUCUCUACAACCUGGUGACAGUUUACCCAAGCAAGUAUUGUCCCCUGCUGAUAAAGGAAGGAGGGCUAAGUCUUUUAGAGAAAGUUCUGGAACUGGAAAGUUCACAGCCAGAAACCAAGGACAUGGCCAGCAAAGUAAUGGAGCAGUGUGAAAACUUCAAAGAAGACCCCAUGGAAACAAAUCAUGGACCGGAGGUAAACUAUGGACAGAGAGGUUGACACCACAGGAGCCAUGAUUCUCAGCAAACAUCAAACAAACCAACCUAAGGCCCCUCCUACUGUCAUCACCACAAGGGUCACUUGUGUGCAUUAUUCCUAUCAUACUUAUUAUUUUGUAGAGCAGAAAUGUGUCUCUGACCCUUUUCACAGCAGUUUGGACAAAACCUUAAUAUAUGACACAUAGGACUUAAGAUGUGGUGCAUGGUGUUUUGUUGUGAGGGUGCUUACCUUUGCUACACAUAAGCAUCUCUUCUGUUGGGUUGGGUUUAUGGGGGUGGGUGACUGUUAUCUCUCACUGUGUUUGUGUGCGUGUGUGUGUCAAAGAUUUAACGAAUGAACAAAACAGUUGGAGUGAUGCUGAGUGGAAGGAAACAAAAGCCCUCCCCAGCUCACUAUCAGUAACUGUGUAACAUUGAACAAAAGGCUAAAGGCCGGGUAGUGUCCUGCACCGCCAUCAGAGGUCUCAGCUCUCACACUGCUCUCACACAAUCCCUCAUGCUUGUGGAGGCCACUGAGCUGUCGGCACAGUGAAUAUUAGCCAUUAGGUGUGUAGGCUGCAGAGAAGCAUCACACUGAUGUUGACAGGAGGGAAGUCUUCCCACGAUUUGUGGCACAAUGAUAGACUUCUUUGUUAUAUAUGUAAAUAUUCUCUGUUUGUCUCAUUCUUUUACUGUUUGUUUUAUAAUAUAACUGUAAACACUC